AUAUGUCUAGAGCAAAUAAAUAAGCCGAAUAAGCACCUGCUUAAAAUAAAUAAUAGAAAGGUGUACCUGCAGCAAAACCUUAAAAACCUAAGGAAAAUUAUUUGACUCCUGAAGAAAUUAAUGAUUUAAGAGUAAUAAUAUGGUAAUAGAUUUUAAGGAAACUUUUGAUUUGUUUGAUGAUGAUAAAAGUGGUACAAUAGAUGCUCAUGAAAUAAAGAAAGUACUUGAAGACUUAGGUGUUGAUGCAAGAAAUAAAUUUGUGUAUCAAAUGGUUCAAGACUUAGAAAAGUAAUCUUCAUCAUUUAUCAAUACUAGCUUUGGAGGUUCAAUCAAUUUUGAUACUUUUGUCGAAAUUAUAUCAAAUAGAUUAGGAAAUAAUAAAACAAGAGAAGGAGCAUAGAAAUUAUUCUAAAUUUAUGAUCCUGAAGAUACUGGGUUAUUAUUUUAAUCAUAAGUUUAGAUUCAUCGAUUUCACAAAUUUAAAACGUGUAGCUAAAGAACUAGGAGAAACUUUGAAUGAUGAUGAAUUGCAUGAAAUGAUUCAUCAUAUUCAUAUCCUCAGAAAAACAGAGAGUCCAGAAUAAAUCUCAUUUGAAGAGUUUUAUGAGAUUAUUACAGCUCCAAGAAGAUAUUGAU